CAGCACAAACUCACGUGCGCGGGAAAACAGCAGGCUUGCUCGACCUCUCCCCGCCGCACGGAUAGGCCGCGCUCUCGCUCCCCCUUUGCCGCCGGCCGUGUGUCGCUCACAACUCCACUUGCUGACUCUCGCGCUUCGGUUUCUCGCUGGAAGCAUUCGCCUCCCUCUGGAUAAGGCGGAUACCUACUAGCUGAGCUCCCGAGUCAAGGAUGGCGGGAAGUUCCGAGAAAGCGGCGGCCCCGGCUGCCGCUAGCACCAGCAACAACGGUCUCAGCUGCAUCAAGUGUGGCCGUGACGUGUCCGAAUCCGACGCUUUCUGCAUCUACUGCGGCACCAAAGUAAGCCUCUCGCUCUCGCAGCGCAAGGCCGCACCCGUGACCGCUCCGGCCGCGCCUGCCAAGCAGCCCGAUAAGAAGGCGGAGCCCAAGCCCGCUGCCGCCCCGAAGCCUACGGCGGCCCCAAAGCAGGCCGCGCCCAAGCAGGCCGCUCCCAAGCAGGCUGCUCCCGCACCGGCAGCCAAGAGGCCCGAGCCCAAGCCGGCUGCCAAGCAGCCCGAAGCAAAGCCCGCCGCUGCUCCAAAGUCUGGUGGCCGUCCGCCUACCAGCGGCAACUCGACCGCCCCAUCCAGCGGCAACUCGGCCGUCGGUGGCCGCUCAGCGCCGUCCAGCGGCAAUGCUGGUGGCCGCCCGGCCCCGAUGCCCACCGCGGCAUCAACCCCCGCGCCGGAGCGCCGCUCGCAGCCCAUUUCUCAGCCGAGCCCAUCGCCCGCACCCCCGCGCACCCAGAGUGAGGGACGCAUGCACGACAACAGCGGUCGCGGCUCGCUUGACGGUGUGCCCGCCGACGUUGCCGGCCUGGAGAAGCUCUGGGUGCCCGACAACUUUAGCAACGAGUGCAUGGACUGCAAGACGCCCUUCGGCUUCCCCAAGCCGCGUCGUCACCAUUGCCGUGUGUGCGGUCUGCUUUUCUGCCGCCCCUGUGUGAACCACAAGAUCCAGGUGCCGGCCUCGUUCGGCUACGGCAACGCGCAGCAGCGCUGCUGCCGUAACUGUAUCACGGCCCUGCAGAUGAAGGCCAUCACGACGCCGGCCGACGUGUUCGCGCAGCGUCGCGGCCCGGCCAGCCGCUCCAUCUCUGGCCAGGAGAGCUACGAUGUCCUUGGCGUUUCCAAGGACGCCACCCCCGAGGAAAUCGCGGCGCAAUACAAGAAGAAGUCGCGCUCCAUGGACCCCACCAAACUCGAGGACCAGGAGACCCUCGAGAAGAUUAACGACGCCUACCGCAAUCUGCAGGACCCGAACGCCCGCAGUCGCGAUGACUCGGGGCGCGCGCGUGAUUCGAGUCUGCUGGGCGGCGACCCCACCAGCCAUUUCGUGUCCGAGACGGCCCGUAGUGACCAGACGGAGUGCCAGGUCUGUUUCCGUCCCUUCAAGCUCGGCCGUCGCCAGCACCACUGCCGUCGCUGCACGCGCAGUGUCUGUAACCAGUGUAGCGUCGAGUCCAAGCCCAUUCCAGAGCUGGGUUUCCCUAUGCCUGUGCGUCACUGUACGUCUUGUAACGAGAACCCACCCAAGUUCAUUAAGCCCGUCAUGGAUCCGGUCGCUAAGCCUCCUGCCGGUUUUGAGUACCUGACCAAACUCGACAUCUUGGUUAACGUCAAGUCCAAGUCGAACGGCAACACUCCCGACACUGAAACGUACAUGGUCAAGACGUACUGCGAGCCCAACGAUGCCGCCGCGAAGGCGACCAACCACUCGGUCACCGAGUCGGACCUGGCCGUGACCCACGAGUACCAGAUCCUCGAGGAGCGCAGCAUGGCCGACUUCGAGUGGCUGUUCAUUAAGCUUGGUGAGUUCACGAACCCCAAGGCUCUGCCCUUCUUCCCGGACAAGCGUACGCCGCGUGGCGAGCGCGAGAAGGUGCUGCAGACCUUCCUGUACGGUUGCAUGUUGCAUCCACUUCUGCGUGAUGCCGACUGUCUGAAGGCGUUCUUGGCUCUGCCUACGGACCAGCUGCGUCAGUUCCAGAAGAGCGGCAAGAAGUCUCUGUACAACACGGACGAGUACAACACGCUCAUCAAGUCUCUUCGUCUGGAGCUCGAGAAGGCCCAGAUCCGUAAGAAGGUGAACGGCCUGAUCAACCGCCAGAAGGAGCAGAAGCAGCGUCUGGCCCAGCAGGCCGCUCGCGCCGAGGAACAGAAGAAGCGUGAAGCCGCUCAGAACAUCCGUCGUGAGCAGGCUGCCUUCCGUUUCAAGGCUCUGGAGGCCCGUAAGGAGUCCCAGACCGAGCGUAUGGAGCGUGAGAAGGAACGCUACGAGAAGCAAUCGAGCACGACGCACAUCCUGUUCUUCGAUGUCGUCCGUGACCAGUCCGUGCGCAACACCGAAGAGGAGACGCGCAUUAAGGAGAAGGUUGAGUUCACUAAGUCCAAGGACAGCUUCCAGCAGGACACGACGCAGUGGAACAACGACAUGGCCCAGUGGUCCAAGCACCGUGCCGACUGGUCCGAGGCCCACAACCCGGCCGUGUCCAAGGACAUUGCCAACGACUUCAUUGUGUCCUCGUACGGUAUCUUCCACUCGUCCAAGGACCAGAAGGACAAGGUGCCCCGCGAACUCAUUGAUCUUCACGCUCAGUUCGUCAAGAUCCAGGAGAAGGAGCCGGAGCUACUGGAAGAGGAAGGCAACACCGUCGACGAAGAGUGGAUGAAGCUGGCCAAGGAGCGUGAGCACUGGACCAGCAGCCGUGCCAACAUGAAGCGUGAGGACGAGAUGUGCCGCGAUGAAGACACCCGCUACAAGCAGGAACACGAGUACGUGCGUCUGGAGGCCGAGGCGCGUCAGAAGAAGGUCAAGACCAUCGAGUCGGACCUGCUGGCGCUCAAGACGGAGAUCAACGCCCGCACGCGCUCCAUCGCCCAGCGCCGCUCGCGCCACCAGGCUCUCGACGAGGAGUACGAGAAGGAGUGGCGUGUCGUGCAGACCCAGCGCAUCAACACCACCAAGUCGCGUCUAGACGAGCACAACGCCCGCAUCACGCGCGGCAAGAAGCGCACGGACGUCUUCAGCGACCAGCUGGCCCGCCAGACCAAGUCGCAGCGUAUGCUUCUGUUCAAGCGCGCCGCUCUUACGGAGGAGCGCAAGGCCGACUGCAAGCUGUUCGACGAGCACCGUGAGGACUGCAAGAAUACGCUGGACGAGGCCCGUAACGCUCUGGUCAUCACGCCUGAGUACGUGGCCCGUCUCGAGGCGGACAUGAAGGUCCGUGCCGCUGAGCUGCAGGCUGUGAAGGACAGCAACAAGCGCAUCCCACAGGAGGGUGGCGACGCCGAGGUGGACGAGCGCGACGAGUUCAUGAACGACGUGCGCCGUCGCCGCGCCCAGUUCCAGAAGGAGCUGGACGACCAGGCCGCCCAGCUUGAGACGGAGAACAAGCUGUGCACGUCGCUGCUGCAGCGCAUGAACCAGCACAUCAAGAACCUGGAGGAGGAAGUGAAGAACGCCGCCCAGGAGGAGACGAUGAUCGCCGAGUUCAACAAGCUCAUCGAUACAGAGACAAAGCUGUUGGCAGACGAGGAGUCCAAGCGCGAGGAGAAGAAGCGCCUCAUCACGGAGCUCAUGAACAACGCCGGCAACUGGGUGUUGGACUCGCUGCACGAUCACUCGAACCGCAAGAAGGUGGAGGCCAACCGUCUGGUCAAGCAGGCCGUGCGUGCCGCCGACCUGCAGAAGCUGGUGCAGCACUUCACGCACCGCGUGAUCGACCAGGAGGAGCGUAUUAUGCGCCAGAAGCAGCGUAUCCUGAACGGCGAGCACAAGGUCGAGAUGCUCAAGUCCUCGGAGAACUGGUACCAGUACGUCACUGGCCACGCCGCCGACCUUGGCAAGAAGGACAUGAAGAUCCUCGAGGCCGGCCGCAACGAGCGUGCUGACGACCUCAAGGAGUCGUCGCGUCUGCAGAAGGACGACGAGUCCGACAUCAAGAGCGUCGUCAAGGAGCUGUCGGUGAGCCGCAAGUGCGCCAAGGAGAAGGUGGAUAAGCGUGAGAUCUGGGCCCAGGUCGAGGACGUGUACAGCGUGUCCAAGCCGCAGGAGAAGGACGAGGACAUGAUGAUGACAUCGCAGAUCCGCAGUCUGUUGCAGCAGCUUGCCGAGGCCUUCGAGAUGCUGACCAACCGUCUUCUGGAGGAGGAGGAGAGCUUGCAGCACGCCUCCACUCAGCUCGAGGGCGAGAUCGAGUCGAUUAACGCCUUCAUGGAGCGCAUGGAGAGCGAGGAGAGCGCCCUGUGCGCCACCGAGAAGACGUCGCUGGCCAAGGAGUCGCAGGUGCGUCGCUCCGAGGCGGAUCUGAUCGAGCAGCGCGCCCGCGCCCUUAUCGACAGCUACAAGCAGAUGCAGGCCGAGCACAUGAAGUACCCGGUGGAGCUUGGCAAGAUCAAGAGCCGCCGCUCUGAGCGUGAGAAGCCCAUUCUGCCGCGUGAGGCCGAGCUGGAGGCCGCCAAGAAACUCAUCAAGAACCGCAACUACUACGACCGUAAGGCAUGCGCCGAGUUCGCCAAGCGCUUCAAGGUGGACCAGGAGAUGAAGGAGGUGCGCGACGUGUUCGACUGGCUCAAGAUUGUCAUUGAACGCGACAUCAAGCGCAUGGAGAAGUGGCUCGACUCGAGCCGCAAGGAACGCAAGGAGAUCGAGAACCUCAAGGUCAAGGGCAAGGAGAUCAACUGGGACGAAGACACGCUGGAGCGUAUCCCUGCGCUUAAGGAGAUCCAGAAAAAGAUGGCUCGUCAGAACGGCCCGUCUUCCAACCACAAGGGCGGCAACAACGAGGCCAAGCUGGCCGACGCGGUGCACCCGUCCGAGCAGUGGAUCGUGGAGCUGCUUAAGUUCAAGAAGAACAUCUCGGAGAUCGACUCUAGACUGCUCAAGGACAUCAGUGUGACUGUCGACGCGGCUGUGAGUGAGGAGGACGUGGUGAACGCCAACCUCAAGAAGAUGAAGACGGACAAGGAGUACGUGCUCAACAGCAUUCGCUUCAUUGACCAGGAGGAGGCCAAGGCCAUCCGCAGCACCGGUAAGGGUGGCGUCCCCGGCCGCCACAGCCCCGGCUCGGAGAGUGGCAGCUUCGUGAACGGCGACGAGCAGCCGACUCCGAAGGCCCGUACUCCUUCGCCGAAGCCCACACGAACCGCGUCGCCGGCACCGUCGAAGCCGACCGUGACUUCCCCGCCCAAGUCGGCACCCACCAAGUCGAACUCCACGCCUUCGCCCGCACCGGCACCGAAGCCGCGUGCCGUCGCAAAGCCUCGUUCGGAGGAGUUCUAGAUAGAGAGAGGACUGUAAGGAGAUCGGUGGUACGCGAGCGGCUUGACGGUCUCCUCUGACGUCGGUAUCUAUGGGAAACUCAAGCCGCUCGCAUGUUCCUUGUUUUUAUUCCCAUUUUCAUCGCAUGUGCUUUUUGGAAAGUGGUUGGAAUGCGUUUACUUAUUUUUUUUCGGCUGUGUUGGUUGCUCGCUUGCUGUACUGUUCUAACCAGCGUGUAUUUUGACGACAUGCAUCGGUAUAGUCGUUUGACUGUAAUGUGGUGAUAACUUACACCGGCAUGUAAGUCAUCGUGGAAAUGCAUGUAGGUACCGUACUGUAAACGCAUCGUGACUGCACAUGAACCAGCUUUGGACCAGAUUUGUUUCGAUGAUGAACCCAAACAAAACAGUCAGCUUCAUCCUUAGGGC